GUCAAAACGUAGCACCAAUAGCAAGCCUUCGUGUGUGACCUCGAAAAAUGCUAGUCUUUACUUUGAUACGAGGUGAAGUGCAUGCCCAAAGUCGUCGCGUUUUAUUAAAUGAAAACACGUCGGAGAUCUUUUAAAAUAAUAAGUGCCUGUUAAUAUUUCACCAAUGAAGUGUGCCGUAAAAUGAGUGUUAAAUGGUGUGAUCUAAUUUGAGCAUUUCUUAUGAGAAUUGUGUUUUUGCUUUCGUGAAAAUGAAUGGCAAACUGCAUAGUGAAACCGGCGCUUUCUCAUCUGACGACAUGCGCGCCGAAAUAUUGAACCCUUUCGUUCACAAACUGGAGCUAGAUAACACAUAUGACAAAAUAAAGACGGCAAUAUUCACGGUAAUAUUAUUGCCUUUUCGAGUCAUCGUGAUCUGUUACCUAAUAGUGACAGCGUGGUUCCUUGCAUGCAUUGGUCUGUAUGGCCUAAGCGAAGAAGACCUUAGGCGGCAGCCAAUGACGGGCUGGAGAAGCAAACUGCGCUUCUCAAUCUUGUCGCUAAUGCGGUUGGUGGUGGUGGCAGCUGGGUUCCACCGGGUGAAGGUGCUGGGGAAACACCACGUGCCCUCUAACUCAAGGGACGCACCGGUGGUGGUGAUGGCGCCGCAUUCGACCUUCUUCGACGCCAUAGCUAUCGUCUGCCUUGGAGCACCCAGCGUGGUGGCCAAAGCUGACACUGCAAGACUCCCGUUCAUAGGACAAUUGAUAAACUACACGCAACCUGUGUACGUAUGGCGGGAUGACCCCAACUCCAGACAGAAUACCAUCAAGGAGAUCAUUGAGAGAGCUACUUCUAAAGAGGACUGGCCUCAGGUCCUAAUAUUCCCAGAAGGGACAUGCACGAACCGAUCAUGUUUGAUUACGUUCAAGCCGGGCGGAUUCUACCCGGGUGUGCCGGUACAGCCGGUCACCAUCCGGUACCCGAACGCCAGGGAUACCGUCACUUGGACCUGGGAGGGACCUGGCGCGUUAAAGCUGCUAUGGCUGACACUAACCCAAGUGCACAGUUCCUGUGAGAUCGAAUUCCUGCCUGUGUACUAUCCUAGUGAGGAAGAGAAGAGAGAUCCCAAGUUAUACGCCAGGAACGUUCGAGAUGUUAUGGCUAAAGCUCUGGGUGUGCCGGUGUUGGACUACACGUACGACGACUGCCGCCUCAUCGCCCGCGCCAAGCAGCUCGGCAUCCCCGCCGCAGCCGCUGCUAGAGAAGUCAGCGAAAUACGAGGAUACCUCGGGUUAGAACGUUCUCAACUGGAGCUGCAUUUAGCAGCGCAAGGCCUGGCGGGCCGGGCCCGCUGGCUCGGCCCCGACGAGUUCAGCGCCAGGCUCGGAGUACGCGAUCCUAGGGCACAUCGCCUCUUUGAUAUAUUUAUGCAGCCUUCAAGUGGUCUGGUAUACUUCCCUGACUACUUGCUCUGUGCCGCGUUCCUGUCGCUACAACAUGCUCCGCUGUCGCAGUUACUGUCCAUCGCUUUCAAGCUAUACGACGCUACGGGCUCGGGGCGGCUGACGGCGCCGCAGUUCGAGGAGGUGGCCACACGUUGCCUCGGACUGUGCCAGGAGGAUGCACACAACACAUUCCGACAGGCAGACCUGGACGAAAAGGGAUAUCUUACUUAUGAUGAAUUCAUAUCAUACGCCCAGAAGAAAGCUGAGUUUGCAUUUGUAUUCGCGUGUGACGCAGCGCAGCAAAAGCCUAAAACUCAGUGAUUGUCGCCCCUUCACAUCCCCACCGUCUGCAGUCAAGUGCCCUAAAACGGAAUGUGCCCUAAGAUGACACGUGUGUAAAUACGGACUGUGCCCUAAGAAGACACGUGCCCUUGAAUGGUAUAUUUCCCCAAAAGGUACAUGUCCUACACACGGGACGUCUCUGUAGCACGUGCCCUAAAACGGAAUGUACCGAAACACGGAAUGUGUCCUGGAAUAAUGCCUAUCCAAAUAAGGGUACAGUAAAAAAGAGGAAGAGAGGAAUAUCGAAAAAUUUGACGAAUUUUAACAUAAUGUUUUAUUUCAUUUGUGUGGAUUUUGUUAUAGAUAUUCGAAUAUUAUGUAGCGUUUUGUAGCUAAGGCUACUUUUUGGAAUUAUUUUCGAAGUGAAAUAAUAAUUAUGAUGCUACAUUAUAGGCCGACGAGUGAUCUAAGCAUAAUUUUCACUAUCCCCAAAAGGGUGUAUACGUAUAAAAAUACUCAGAUUAUUUUAUAAGUUCUUAUUGUUAAAAUAUUUUAUUUACAUGACGUAUUUGCUCAUAAAAUCGAUUUAUAUCAUUCGCUCAUGUAGCCUAGUUCUUAUGUAGACUUGCCUUAUAUACAUUUAUGUAUAUUUUAGUACACAAUAGAAUCAAUCGAUAUUUGGCUAGUACGUAAAAUGGGGUACUUGAAAAAUGCAGAUAUGGGUAUGUGAAUGUAGAAUAGAAAAAGUUUGGGGUGAAUAAUUACGUAGAAUUUUAUUUUUUUUGAAAACAAUAUCACGCUUAUUUUUCUCUAUGUAAAAAGCAACGAAAAAUACUUGGAUUAUCCUAAAGAAAAAACCUUUUUCGACUACACAUGCCAAAUUGAAUGGCCUGGCCAAAAAAUACCUUGAACAUUUCCAAUUAAUUAACCUGUACGUUUUUAGUAGUUAUUCAUCCUAUACUUACUAAAAUUACUUAGUACUACUUUCACCACCUCGAGACAACAUAUUUACCGAAUAUUUUACUUUUUCUGGUUAAUAUGCUAUCUGGAAGUGACGGAAGGCUUUUAGUGAUAAAACUAUUUAUUUGUGAAUAGACUAGAGUUACGCCUUAUUCCAUAGUUUAGUUUGAAUAAGUCAAUUAUUGGCGGUGUGUGUGUAUUACAACAUUUUUACGCUUAAGCUUAGAAUUUGUCUACAGUGUACAGUUCACGGAAGAUAUUAGUGUACAGGUAUAGUUCUUUAUUUAAAUAUUUGUUUCAUUCUUAAGUACUUUUUUUUAAACCUGUAAUACAUAUGUAGAUCGUGACAGUUUUCCACUUAAUUUUAUAUGGAUCAGUAAAAAGGUUUUUAUAAUUUUUGACGUCGACGUCUUCCGAGUCGAAUUUAUUUGACUAACUGAUCAUAAAAUAAUUAACCUUUUUCUAGAUACUUGCCUGUACACAGAAGAUUUCUAAGACUCCUUCAUUUGGUAUAAAUAUUGUAGAUUUCAUUCCUUUUAUUAUAACAGCAACAGCUUACGGUUGCAUGAUAAAAUAAGAUUUCAUAUAUGUACCUACAUAUUUACCUUAAAUUAUUUUGAAUUUUAACGGCAUAUUAGUCUUAUUUAGUAUAA